GGGAUCGACAAUGGCUAUACCAAUCACACGUCCUCAGAGUGAUAUUACGCCCGUAUGGACGUUUUCAGAAGGAGCUGGUACUCCAACAAGAGCGCAACAGCUGGAGAAUCUACUACGCUCCGAGGUCGCACUGGAGGAGAAAUGCGGUCUUGAAGAGAGAAAGACGUCCAAUGUUUGCUGCAAAGAGCUGAAAGACGACGACGAGAGGCAUUUGAUCAGUCCAGAGAUUGUCAGAGAUAUUGUCAUUGGCUUAUCUGACGGUCUCACCGUGCCCUUUGCCUUGACAGCUGGCCUGUCUUCCAUUGGAUCCUCGAGGCUGGUAGUUACUGCCGGCUUGGCCGAGCUGUGCGCAGGUGCUAUCUCAAUGGGUCUGGGGGGAUUUCUCGCGUCUCAAGCAGAGCUGGAUCAUUUCCACUAUCUUCGACGCCAGACACACAACAGAGUCACGCGGUCUUGUGCAGGGCAGAUGGAGAGGGAAGUUCAUUCGAUACUCGGCCCAUUUGGUGUCACAGAGUCCGUCAGUCGUCUGGUAGCUGAGCAACUCUCGAAUCUCGAGUCCUUGGAGGCAGUGGAGGGAAUAGAGAAGGUGAAAGCUUCUUCUGCACUCCGUGAACAAGGCGGUGAUGCGGCGUCAACAUCGCUGGGUCUCACCGCGUUCUUAUUGAAGAUUGGAGAAGGCAUGGACGAGGUGCCAGUAUCACGACUCUGGGUCUCAGCGUUCACGAUCGGCAUGUCAUACUUCAUCGGAGGGUUGAUACCAUUGAUCCCUUACAUGGCCCACGCCAAUACCCGAGAUGGGCUCAUUGUAUCAGCUGCCGUCACGGGAGCCGUUCUGUUUGUAUUUGGAGCGUUCAAGACUUAUUUCACCGGGGCGAAAGGAGGUUGGAGGGGAUAUCUCUACGGGGCUAUGUCGACAUUGAUCGUCGGUGCCCUCGGCGCAGGAGCGGCGUAUGGACUAGUGCGGGCAAUGGACGUCAAAGAAGCUUGAAAAGAGUGACAUGCAUAGGAGAUGCCC